AUUGUCGUCUAUGAUGGCGUGACACCUAUGAGACUCCUGACGAUCUUUAUAGACGAACGCAUCCUUCACAUCUCAUCAGCCAGCCAAUCGUUCGAUUACGGGCGACCGCCUCUUGUUCGUUAUCGCGCUCUCUUCUCUUGGCUGUUUAUCUCUUUGGAAUCCUGUCCAGACUCGCCCUCAUUCGCCAAUCCUGUUCAUUUCUCCAUACAUCAACCAGGGCAAUCACGCGGUGUACACGUUGAACGACAAUCCCUGAACGGCUCACGUGCGACUCCAAGUCUGCCUCUGUUCUGCUCUCCCGUGGUACUGUGUUAUUAGUCCUCGACCGCGCCGAAUUCAGCGUCGCCGCCUCUGGGACUCCGCUCAAGGCGACACCCUCCCAGACACCGGGCCUCCCUGCGCAUGGAGCUGGAACCACCCUCCGAUGCCAACCCGACAAAACCGGAGCCUCCUGGCUAUGUGAAUCCCCUCGAAUCCAGCUCGCGCUGGUACCUGAACGCCCGAGCCCAAGUCAUUCGAUAUGCUGCCAGCGUCGGCUUCAGCAUCGCCAAUCGCACCGAGCCAACUGCCCCCGCGCCGACACGCGAAGUCUAUCUCGAUUCGACAAUCUCCAUGCACAAGGGUCGCGAGAAAAUCAAAGUCGAAGUCUGGGAGCCGCCCAAGGCGAGCGCGGGAGGCCGCGCUGCAGUGAUUAAUUUCCACGGAGGAGGAUGGAUUCUGGGGCAGGGAACAGACGACGCUCGCUGGGCCGCCGGUUUGAUGACGGACCUCGACGCUGUUGUCUUCACCGUCAACUAUCGUCUGGCGCCCUCCCAUCCAUUCCCCACGCCGGUGGAGGACUGCAUGGACGCAAUCUGUCAGAUUACACAGCGAGCUGACGAAUUCGGCAUCGACCCCUGCAAAAUCAUCUUGUCGGGCUUCUCCGCAGGUGCCACCAACACGCUGGCGUCGUGGCUCUGUCUGCACGAUCCUGAUCGCUUCGGGUACCACCUACCGUCCAAGCCACCCAAACUGGCUGGCCUCGUCAUGUUUUACCCAGUUCUCGAUUGGACCAUUACGAGACCGAUGAAGCGCCAGACGUGUGCGCGCCCCGACCUGACUCUACCAAAGGGGCUAACAGACCUCAUCGAUGCCUCAUAUGUGUACCCGCCUCUGCCUCGCGAGAAGCGGACCGAUCCUCGGUUAUCGCCAGGCCUCAUGCCCGAUUCCCUGCUCAAGGACAUACCACCGGUCCACCUCGUCGUAUGCGAAUAUGACAUGUUGUUGGCCGAAGGGAAAGCUUUUGCCAGGAGACUGAGCGUACUCGACAAACCAUUCACGUUUCGUCUUGUCGAAGGCGAGCAGCAUGGCUGGGACAAUCCACCGCCCAUGGCACCCAAGGAGAGCGUUCACGUGGAAUAUGGCGAAGCGAUCAACGCCAUCGCAUCCUGGCUUGGGACCAAGCGGGAGACCGACUCGGAGUCGAUGAAGUCGAUGAAGACGAAGCGACCUAUCCUCAAACGACCAUCAUAUCUGGCUUCCUUUAGGUCCAGAACCGCACGAUAGGGACAGACCCCCCAGGCCCCACCACGCGGAGACCGGUCAGAUGCCGUGUCGUUGCGCUAGACAUUCCUGUCGGCGCAUUGGCAUCUACUACCUCAACAAUAGUCUAUUCGAAGGCAUCAACGGUCAAGGCGGCAUGGUGGUUUGGGGGGGUGCGCGGGACGCGCGAUAUUUCGUGAUGCUAGAGAACAAUUAUAAUGAACAUCACGUCAUCAAAAGGGUAU